GAGCAGUGUCCCCUCCACGGGGGGCCCGGGGGGCAUCGCCGUCACCCGGCCGUUUUCCAGGGAGGUCCAGACCCGCGGGCACAGCAGCACUGGGAACCAGAGGAGGCACAAAAUAAAGGCAGGCGGAGACACGGGGAGAUGUCGAAAGCCAAAAGCAGCAGCCGCUGAUUCCCAGAGGCUGGGAAGUCGGGAGAUCCUCAACUUCAUCUUUCCACCAAGGGAGUUGAUGAGUGGAAACAAGCUGUGGGUGCAGCAGGUGACCAUUGCGCCUUGCACCACAAGAGACGUCAUUUGCCUCAAGGAACAGCUGGAGAUGAAGCUGCAGCAGUCGCUGGCCAUGGAAGUAGGACUCUGUCCUCAGCGCAGAGGGCUCUAUUCCCAGUGCUUCGAUGAGCUGAUCAGACAGAUUACCAUCAACUGCACUGAGAAGGGUUUGUUGCUCCUGAGGGUCAGAGAUGAUGUUCGAAAGACGUUUGCUGCCUACCAGAAACUGUUUGAGAGCGGCUACGCUUUUGGAAUGAGGAAAGCCUUGCAGGCUGAGGUGGACAAGAAGGACAGGAGACAAACGAUAUCUGAUCUGGAGGAGGAGAAUGAAGAGCUGAAAAAUGAAGUGAACAAGCUCAGAGCUUUGAAUGAAACUACUGAAAAGAGAAACAACGAAAGUAGGCGAGUGAAGAAUAAGGAGCGCAAUGAAGAGAUUAAGUUACUGGAGAAAUCCAACAAGCAGCUCAAGAAACAACUGGAAGGGAUGAUUGAAGCAUAGAAUACAUACACAUAUACACAUAAACAUACAUACUGUAUAUACACAUAUAUACACACACACACGCAUAUAUAUACAAACAUGUAUAUAUAUAUAUAUAUAUAUAUAUGAACCAAAUCCUCCUCACUGAACUCAUUGAUCUCAACAAAUGGAUUUUGCCAAAGUUCUGUCUCACAGAAGGUCGUGAGCUGCUCCUCCCUCCUCUGCUGCUGCUCGUGUUCCCUCGACAUGCCACCCGGAUGGUUAGGCUGUUCAGAUAUGAUACCGUUAUAUUGUUUAAUCCUGAUGAAAUAAACAGCUAUGUUAACUGGAGUCAGAGCACUUUUAAGUAUAUCCGAGCCAUCUCUCAUCAGUGAUGUCACUGUGCAUGGAGGCGGUGCAGUGAUUUCUAACCAAUAGAGGGCAGCAACAGUGAGUGAGUUUCCAUCGGUGUCACAGCUCUGCAAGGGGAGGAUUUCACCUCCUUGAUCAUCGCAGCAGCAGCAGCCCUGCCUCUCUCACAGCGUCCUGCAUCAGCUGUCUCUAGUGGAUCUGAUCACCUGAUCACUUUUCCAGAGGUUAAAGGUUUGAUGACUUCAUGCAGUCGUUAUAGCAUCCAGCGCUGAGGGUAAAACAGUGCAAUUCAGGCCUUCUAUGUGGCACCAUGAUGAGGCCUGCAUUACAAUAUGGGGAAUAUGUUUUUUUGUAGUUGUUAAAACAAAUACCAGCUUUGCGAUAUCUAUUAGAUGCAAUAAUGUCAAACCCAGAGCUAAAAUAAAUAUGUUUUACUUCUUUUUACUAACGUUAUUCUCGUUUCAGCUUUACAGCCUCUCUGCUUUGCCCUGCCAGCCGUAAGCUGCUUAAUUUAGGUCCUUUUAAUCAUUUAGUCCCGUUC